AUGAUGUUUCCACUCCAUUUUCAUUACAAAGAUGUAUUACGUCAGGAUCUGUUGCUCAAACUGAAUCACACCAAUGUUAUGGAAGUUCCUGGAUUGUUUGAAAUCAGAUUAGUACCAAAAGCAGCCUCUGAUUUCAUAAUCCAAUUUGGAAAAUUGGCUAUGGAGAUUUUGUGCGGUCAGAGAUUCAUACAGACACAAAGGGGCCCUUAUUUUAAAGCAGGAAAGUCGUUUCGAUCCAAUCCAUUCUUGGGGUCCGAAAAAGACACUGGAUAUGUCAGUGACUUUGCACGACAAAGCGUUCUCCGAGGGCAUGGAAUGUACCAUUUUUUGGUCAGAAUCUUGACAAUAAUGUCUAUGUUAGAUUCUCCAGUCGAAAUAUGGGAAAACUCCAUAAAAUUCUUUAUGGAAACGGAGUUUUGUGAAUUCUCCCCGGAACUGGAAGAUCAUUUCGAGAUCUUCGAGCAUAUUCGAGGGUUCAAUGUGACUAUUGUCACUUCGGCAAUACAAAAGAUGAGACUUUACUACUGUGGAGCGGCUUUUUGCUAAAAGAUGAGGGGGAAACUAAGUAAGAUGUCAGAGAAGCGAAAUAUACGAGAUCACAAACGUAGAUUGCUCGCGGCUAAAUAUGAAUUGAGACGAAAGCUUUAGAAUUUUGUAACCCGAUCUUCCGUUUGAUAUGCGGGACAAACAUCGUUCUAAGUUGUCCAAGUUGCCAAGAAAGAGUUCAAUGGCACGAGUCAGAAACCGAGGUAUUUUCACGGGUCGCCCUCGUUCCGUAGUUGAGUUCUUUCGCAUUUCUUAUAUCGUUUUUCGUGGAUUAGCAUCUCGAGGUUCUUUGAUGGGCAUAAAGAAAUCGUCUUGGUAGCAACCACCAAACCAAUAGAACAAAGGUUAGCUCUGCAGCUAGUCCACAAGCAAGGGUUGUAGGUCCAUUACCGUCCGGCUCUCGACCGAAACUAACGGAGUCAUCCCAACUCUCGGAUCAGAGAUGCUAACGGGGCAGGAAUCGAAGUGGGGGACCUCUCUACCGCACCUCUUAUU